AUGUCUCUUGCUUUAAGCAAGUCUACUAAGCGUAGACGAUGUUUGGAAGAGAUUGAGGAGUUAGGUUUAGCCAUUGAUAGCAAUGCUUCUUGCAAUAAUCAUAAUGAUCAACCUAGUUCAUCCGAACAGCAUAUAAUAUCACAUAAGUUAUCCAAUAAUAUUAGUAAUGAGUGUGAUCCUACGUCUAUUUUUUUUGCAAGUAACCAUAAUGAAGAAAUUGAUCCAAACUUAAUGGCUGACAUUAAUCUAAAUGGUACAAAUAUUUUUGUUUCUAAUUUUUCGUCAGAUUCUGAUUAUAGUGAUUCAGACUAUAGUGAAAAAGUGUUAACUAACAUUACUAAAUGGGCUAUUCAACAUAAAAUAUCAAACUUGGCUUUAUCUGAUUUGUUAAAAGUAUUGAAAACUAAUCAUAAAUGUUUUGAUUAUUUUCCAAUAGAUGCCAGAACAUUAUUAAAAACUAAUGUUAGUAAGCAGCCAUUACAAAUUCAAAAUAUGAACGCUGGUAUUUUUCAUUAUUUUGGAUUAGCUAAUGGCAUAAAAUCGGUCAUUGGUCCAAAUGUAUUUUCUGAUGACACAAUUAAAUUACAAUUAGGAGUAGAUGGUUUACCUUUGACUAAAUCCACCAAUAGCCAGUUUUGGCCAAUUCUCUGCUAUAUUUCUAAUUUUAAUAAUACUAAGUCAUGUGUGUUUUUGGUUGGUCUAUAUUGGGGUACAGAAAAGCCACAAGAUAGCAAUUUGUAUUUAUCAGAAUUAGUAGCCGAAUUAAAAGGAUUGUGUUUUGAUGGUAUUGAUCUACCUGUUGGUAAAAAAAAAGUUUAUGUUGAAGCUAUUUGUGCUGAUGCCCCAGCCAUAAGUUAUAUAUUAAGGACCAAAGGGCAUACAGGGUUUUCUUCUUGCAUUAGGUGUUCAAUUACAGGAGUAUUUUUAGAAAGAAGGGUUUGUUUUCCUGAAACCGUUUUCAACAAGCGUACUCAUGAAGAAUUUCUUAAUAGGCAAGAUGAAGACUAUCAAGUUCAUAAUACUAUUUCCAUUUUGUCCGAAGUACCUAAUAUAGACAUGGUAUAUAGUUUUCCACUGGAUUAUAUGCAUUCGGUUUGUUUGGGAGUUGUUAAAAAAAAUAUUUUGCUAUGGUUGGGUACUUUGAAAAAUUCACCAUUAUCAGUUCGAUUACCAAGCCAGAGUGUUAAAUUAAUAUCGAAUAGACUAAUGCAUUUAAAAUCAAACAUAACUCGUGAUUUUGCUAGGAUUCCAAGAGGGCUAAAUGAAGUUUUGAGAUGGAAAGCUACGGAGUUUAGGACUUUCAUAUUGUAUACAGGGCCUGUAGUACUUAAAUCUAUUAUUAGUCCUGAAUGUUAUGAACAUUUUCUAUGUUUGCACGUGUCUAUGACUGUUCUUUUAAGUCCCUCUCAUGGAUAUCUUUUAAAUUUUAUUGAUAAGCUAUUGAGUUACUAUGUAAAAAAAUUUGGUGAAAUUUAUGGUGAAGAAUUUUUGUCUCAUAAUUUGCAUGCACUUGUCCACCUCUGUGAUGACUAUAACAAAUUUGGGCCACUUGACAACUGUUCUUGUUUUAUGUUUGAAAAUUUCAUGCAGUUUUUAAAAAAAAUGGUCAGAAGCAAAGCUAGACCUUUAGAGCAAGUUAUUAAGCGUAACGAAGAACUUAAUAAGUUUGGUAGACUUGAAAUUACUUGUACUCAAAUAACUGAAAAUGAAUGUAAAAAUAGACAUAAUGAAGGACCAUUAAUUGAAGGCUGUUCAUCGCCACAAUUUAAAAUUGUAUCUAUGAAAAAUGUUCUGAUUAAGAUAAGAUCAUUAUCUGAUUGUUAUAUUGGAUAUUUUAACAGUAACAAAAAGCUUAUUAUUAUGAAUGUUGUAAAUGUUUGUUACCAUCGUGAAAGUCAAGCAAAUGUAUUUUUGGGAAGGAUUUUCAAUACUGUUAAACCAUUUUACACUAAACCGAUAGACAGUUUAAAGUUAGGAAUUGCUUCCGUUUCUGAUUUGUCAGAUGAUUUAAUGAUUUGCAACAUUAAUAAAACUAAUUUAAAAAAGUAUAUGGCACUUGACCUAAAUGAUGAUAUUAAUAUUAAAAUUGUUUUUCCGAUAUUACACUCAAAAUAG